UAAUAAGUCCCAACUCAUUUACGUCGCACUCCUCCCCCUCCGCCACUCCCGCAUCAGAGAGAGGAGAGAGAGAGAGAGAGAGAGAGAGAGAGAGAGAGAGAGAGAGGCGGAGUCUCCGACGCAUUCAAAGUCCCCCAAACCAAACAGCGACACAUUUGGAUCUCAUCUCACUCCUCUCCCCUCUAUCUCUCUCACGAUCAUGAACAAAGAUGGGGCGAUCAUCAAAUUCCUGCUCCUCUCCGUCGCGGCGCUUUCCGCCGCAGCAGCAGCGGCGGCGGCGGCGGCGGCGGGCGUGCACUACCACCGCAGACGCAGGAAGCCGCAGCAGCUCGCAGGAGCCAUGACUCUGAUGCCGCGCCUCGUCUUGUCCGAUUCCGGCCGCGCCGAGCACCUCGAGAAGUACUCCCACUACGUUGCCAGGCAGAUUGGGUUUGGUGACACAAAUGAGUGCCCCCACCUCUGCAAAUUGGCCUAUGAUUAUUUGAGAAAAACAAAGGAGUGUGAGGACAACAUUUUUGCCUUCUUUGCAAAUCAUCCAAAUGCUGAGGACUUAUAUGUGAAGCUCAUUGAGGAGCUUGAUAAAUGCAUCUUAUGCUAUUUUGCAUUCCAUUGGGUUCAUGCUACUUACAUUAUUAGCCAGGUUUUGGCAGAGGAGGGAGAACCCAAAAGAAAGCUAAAGAACCUGGUGUUGGAGGCUACCAGGAAACUGAGAUUUGAGAGGGUAACAAAAGACCUAAAGGUAGCAAGGGUGUUCUCUACACUGGUGGAGGAGAUGAAGGCCAUCGGGAUUGCGCCGCUGAAAGAGGAAUCACGGUGCACUGACGUGAUGGUCCCGGCAGCGCACAGCGACCGGAGCCCGGUCCUGCUUCUGAUGGGCGGCGGGAUGGGUGCCGGCAAGAGCACCGUGCUUAAGGAAAUACUCAAAGAUGCAUUUUGGUCGGGGGCUGCUGCGAACGCGGUGGUGGUGGAGGCGGAUGCUUUCAAGGAGACGGACGUGAUUUACAGGGCCAUUAGCUCCAGAGGUCACCACAAUGACAUGCUCCAAACAGCUGAGCUGGUGCACCAAUCAUCGACAGACGCGGCAUCAUCACUCCUGGUGACAGCAUUGAAUGAGGGGCGGGACGUGAUCAUGGACGGGACGCUGUCGUGGGAGCCAUUCGUGCAGCAAACAGUCGCGAUGGCGCGGGCCGUCCACCGACAGCGGUACCGCAUGGGGGUGGGCUACAAGGUCGCCGACGACGGCACCAUCACCGAGAACUAUUGGGAGCCCGUUGACGACGAAGAAGGAGAUCAGGAGGAGAACAAGCAGCCGAGUUCAAGAAAGCCAUACAGGAUAGAGCUCGUGGGGGUCAUGUGCGACGCGUAUCUUGCGGUGGUGAGAGGAAUAAGAAGAGCAAUAAUAAUGGGUAGGGCAGUGAGGGUGAAGUCACAGUUGAAGUCCCACCAGAGAUUUGCCAGUGCCUUCCCAAGAUACUGCGAGCUAGUCGACAAUGCCAGGCUAUACAGCACCAACUCCAUGGGAUCUGCAAAGCUUAUAGGGUGGAAGGACGGGAACAGCAGCUUGUUGGUGGAGCCGCAGGAGUUCAGCUGCUUGGAGAAGGUGGGCAAGCUGAACGACGACGCCGACUCGCUCUUCGAGCUCUACGGAGAAGGCGACAGCACCUGCGGCUCACGCUCCGUUUGGGACGAUCUCGUCAUGUCCCCCUCGCGGGCACCCAUCCAGGCUGAGCUCAAAGCCGCCAUCCUCGCGAUGGAGCCGCGCGCAUCGUGACGGCGUGCGGCUGCAACAGGAGAAAUUGCAGUGUACAUGAUUGGAGGUGGUGGUGGUUGUUGUUGUUGUUGUUGUCGUCGUCGUCCUUGUUGGUGAUCGGCGGGAAAUUUGAGCACGUGAUGCGCGGUAAAUUCAAGCAUGUACAUGAUGCGAACAACUUUGGUUUAAUAAAAAUCAUAUUUCCCGUCGGAGCAAUGCUAUCUAUAUACUUACAAUAUGGGCGCGUUUGGUUCGCACUAUGAAAAAUUACUAGAAAUAAAAAGAUGUUCGAGAAUCUUAUAUCUAUUCAUUCAA